CGGGAUUACGCAGCAUAAAUUAAAUUGAAGUGCAAAUUUGAAGAGUUGAUUUAAAUAUAUAAAAUCUUAAAGAAAAACAUAUUUAAAUAUGUGCCUGCCCCAUCGAUAUGGUUGUGCCCCGCUCGCGCUGCUCUUGAUCACCUUGAUCCUCAACGUUGCGGCACGUCCGCAGCACAACUUGCAACACAUUGCCGUCUUAGAGAAUGCCGCCUGGGAACAAACGUUGCCGCCACACUUUCAGAAUCCAUUCUAUCAAUCACCUCGAGUCCGACAAGCGUUGGCCAAAUCCAGCUGGUUUGGACCCGGCGAACAAGUGGUUCACGAGCGUCAGGCGGAGAAAAUUCCACGCAUGGAAAUCUAUAAUGUGCUCUCUCAUGCUGGUCUGUUGCCACGUCGUCAUUACUUCUAAAAACAUCUCAUUUAAUUGCAUUUUGUUACAUGCUGUAUAUAAUAUAUCUCAUAAAAACAAUGAAAAUAAAAAGAUAGUCAUUAAU